AAACAACUCCCUAUUGAAUGUGUGGCCAAGACUUAUUUCCAAAAGUAGCAACUAAUACUCUUCAACUAUUCUUAGUUUGCUUCUUUUUCUUUCUUUUGUUCUCUUUCUCUCUCCAAAUAGAAUAGCGUACCCGAAAAUGGCAAUGUUGCAAGCAAUUCAUCCAUUAAUUUCACCCACAAAAAGCUUUUUACUUUUAAACACUCACCUAAGUAAACCUAGCAGGAGCUCAAUUCUUAGUAUCUCCCAAAACCCAUCACAUGCAAAACCCAAUUCAUAUUCAUCCAGAAAAGUAGAAGCAAUUGCAUCAGAUGUGACAGUUGGAUCAUCAUCAUCAUCUGAAGAAGAAGACGUGUUUGUGGGUCCCACUCCGAAGAACAAAGGAGAGAGUGAGGUGGUGGAAUAUGAUUGGACAGAGGAAUGGUAUCCUCUGUACUUGACAAAGAAUGUACCAGAAGAUGCACCUUUGGGACUUACUGUUUUUGACAAACAGAUAGUGUUAUACCGUGAUGCCGCUGCUCAACUUAGGUGUUAUGAAGAUCGUUGUCCUCACAGGUUAGCUAAACUUUCUGAGGGGCAAUUAGUUGAUGGAAGAUUGGAAUGCUUAUACCAUGGUUGGCAAUUCGAAGGUGAAGGCAAAUGUGUGAAGAUACCUCAGCUUCCUGCAGGAGCAAAAAUUCCUAAACAAGCAUGUGUGAGGACUUAUGAAGUGAGAGAUAGCCAAGGAGUCGUGUGGGUCUGGAUGUCUCAAAAAACUCCACCUAACCCCAAUAAAAUUCCUUGGUUUGAAAACUUUGCUAGGCCGGGGUUCCAAGAUAUCUCGACUGUACACGAGCUUCCAUAUGACCAUUCUAUCCUCCUUGAGAAUCUCAUGGACCCGGCUCACAUUCCAAUCUCUCAUGAUCGUACUGAUUGGACUGCAAAACGAGAAGAUGCUCAAGCUUUACGUUUUCAAGUCACUGAGAGAACAGACCGUGGAUUUGCUGGUUGGUGGGGAAAAGAAAGCGAGGAAUCUAUGCUCAACUUUCUGAGGUUCGAGGCACCAUGUGUGCUUUCCAAUAACCGAGAGUUAACUGAUGAGAAAGGUGAGAAGCAAUACUUCUCUGGGCUCUUCCUGUGCAGGCCAUCAGGACAGGGAAAAUCCAUGCUCAUUGUGAGGUUCGGAACCACAAAAAGAUCGCCUCUUGCAAAAUUCUUUCCCACUUGGUACUUCCACCAGAAUGCUUGUAAGGUGUUUGAACAAGACAUGGGUUUCCUGUCGUCUCAAAACGAGGUCUUAAUCAAAGAGAAAGUCCCAACCAAGCAACUCUACCUGAACCUAAAGUCUUCCGACACUUGGGUUGCGGAAUACAGAAAAUGGAUGGAUAAAGUUGGGCAUGGGAUGCCUUACUAUUUCGGACAUAGUACCAUUUCACCACCAAAAAUCCCAGCGGUAGUCGAGCACGCACCAGCAGGCCUGGUUGCUGGAUUGUCUGCCCAAUCUCCUGCUAAAGGUGGACUUGGGACAAUGUAUACCCCAAAUUGGAGUAACAGGUAUUUUCGACAUGUGGUCCAUUGCAAGGAAUGCACUAGUGUAGUUAAAGCUUUUGAAACAUGGAAAAAGACCCUUUCUAUCAUCGCCCUAUUGUCUACUGGAUUUGCAAUACUAGUUUCAGGAAGGCAGUGGAAAGCUCUAUUUUUGGUGACUACAACAUUGUGUUUGGCUGGAGUGUACGCUUGCUCAGCUGCCAUUGCUUUUAACACUACAAAUUUCAUUAGGACUCACCGGAGGUUUUAAAAAUUCCAUUUAUUGUGCUAAGGGAGCAUCGGGUGAGAUCGAAAUUCAACAAAAGCUCAAUUAAUUAAGAUGGAAUCCCAAAACAUUCCAGACAUGCAUUCCUGCUGGACUGAAUUUCUAGAUUCAGAUUUCCAUAUUGUACAGAAAUCACAUAGCAUAGCUGAAGCAGCAGUCAGUGAGGUAUUAUAUACUAUUCUCUGUUUUUUGUUGCAAUUCAUACAUAAUGUGUGCAAAUUACAAGAAAUGAGAUGAUUGAUGUUGAAAAGAAGCCAAAACAAAUAAGAUUGAUGUUAGAUGAACAGAAGUAUUAUAUUUCUUUUCCUUUGUAUAAUAACAAAUGCAGGAUAGUUGUGUUAAGAUAGUCUUUUCCAUUUAAAGUAUUAACUACCCUGCAUCGAAGGCAUUUUGUUCCUUUUGAAUGUGCAACUCCAGAGCACAGGUGCAGCAAA